GAGUCAGAGAAAAAUAUAACAUAGAUAUUUGCUAAUGGAUAAGCAUAUCGAUAACAUCAAUCAUUGUCUUCAACUUAAUUUAUUUUAGGCCCAUGGGAAGAAAAGUCUUCUGCGUUAAUAAUUUCUAGAUCUUUCCACAACAUUCAUACGCAACUCCCUUAAAUCUUGAAACGACCAAUUUCUUCAAAACAAUAGUUUGUUUGCGAUGGCGACAGAACAAGAAGCUGAAGUUGGAACAGAGACAUCCUCUGUUUCCGGAAGGUUUUUGAGGAACAGAGAUUUAUAUCUCUUCUUGCCUUUUCUCUUAGGCUUCUCUGAUCAAGAAUCAUCAAACGGAGAUGAUGAUGAUGUUGCUUCAUCGCGUGAGAGAAUCAUUUUAGUCAACCCUUUUACACAAGGAAUGAUUGUGCUCGAAGGCUCAUCAGGAAUGAAUCCUCUGCUUCGUAGCUUACUGGAGUCACGUGAGGAAGGUCGUCCUCCUGCGUCCAAGGCUUCCAUCGAUGCGAUGCCGAUCGUUGAGAUUGAUGGCUGUGAAGGAGAGUGUGUGAUCUGUUUGGAGGAGUGGAAGUCCGAGGAGACGGUGAAGGAGAUGCCGUGUAAGCAUAGGUUUCACGGUGGAUGUAUAGAGAAAUGGUUAGGGUUUCAUGGGUCGUGUCCUGUUUGUAGGUACGAGAUGCCUGUUGAUGGAGAUGAGAUUGGGAAGAAAAGAAACGAUGGGAAUGAGAUUUGGGUUAGGUUCAGUUUCAACGAUGGUCGGAGAAUUAGAGAUUUUUCUGCGCAGGACGGUGGAAACAGUGAUGGUGUUGAGUCCGAGAAUUAGGAUUUACAUAAGAAGCUUUUGUAAAAAAAACUUGUGCCUUUUUUUGUUCUUGUUCUGGGAAAAGGUUGAUGAACUUUUUUUGUCUUAAGAUGGUACAAAGUAAGCUCAGGAAUCUCCAUAAUCCUCAUCAAACCCUGAGGCAUCACUUCUGAUAUCACACAUAACAAAGAGAAAAAAAUGAAAAAACAAUCAAGAAAUGUGCAUAAGACCAAACCACAAACACUUCUUGAUUCCUUGAUUAAGAGUUUUCAGAAGGACAAAGAAGAUAGAGACGAACUUUCUGGCCCACCAAGUUGAUUAACAGCAUCGAUGAAUCUGUUUUGAAGCUCACAACUCCAUUUCAAUCUCUCCUUAGAUUCCUUUGACUUAUGGUUCUUAUCAUUUACCAUGUUCUGUAGUAACAAUCAAGAAUGAUCCCAAACGCAAAAACAUUACUCUGGCCACAAUAAAGAUUAAAAAGAAGGAUUUUAUUUUCACGAUUGUUGCACAGAUAUGGAGAUUAAAAACAUGUAGUUGUUGGAGUUUGCUUUUACGCUUGUUCUUCAAAUCUU